ACUGCUGUGGGACCAGGUUCUGGCAAUUUGUAAUAUCUUUUUAUUAUUUUUCAGUGGAACUGAAGUAUCAUUGUCAAUUUGUGAAGAAGUUGGUGGCCUAGUCACAAUGAUGUCCGUCUUUAUUCGGAAGAUGCUUCUUCUGAAAGCGCCUAAAAUUGCAGUGGAACUAUCGGUUGAAAGUGGUGGCGUAACAUCACAAUCUGAAAAUAUUGUUCUGCAUAAUGAAUGCAGCACCAUACCUAUGCAUUUAGCAAAUAUUGACUACCUGAAGUUGGGACUUGAAGACUAUGUUUCCAAGCACGGAAACAGAUUGGUUGAAACUUGCCACUCUUGCUUCUCGACUGGAAAGAAUCUCAAAGUUGGUACUGGGGUAGCUUGUAGUCGAGCAAACGGACAAAGUGGCAGGCAGGCGAUGGAAGUUGUAAUCAUCAUUAGCGAAAUACCUACGUCAGAUCUAUCCUCCUGCUUCAGAAAUUACGGUACAAGAACAGAGGUUUUGUACUUCAGAGAUUUCUCACCCUGCUCAAUGUCACAAUCAUCUAUCGAUGCACUGAUCAGCAUUGAAUGGAAGAAAUUCGGGCUGGUUCUAAAGAGUGUAGGCGAGCAGGAUGGCGUCACAUUAUUAGAGUGGGAGAAUUUACCACCACGCUCACACAUUGACAUUGUUCUCCACAGAUAUCAUAAACAGCCAAUGAUUCCGCUUUGCUCACAGAACAAUCAACUCGACAGAUCUCUUACCAGAAAAGCCGUCAAGCUUGCAUUGACGGCACUGAAGAAAAGUAAUGCAGGAGUCUUACUCAGUGAGCGUGCAGUCAAGAUCUGCAGUUACGCACCUGAUCUUGCCAAAACCAUUUCGGCUUUGAUCAUGACUUCGCACGACUCGAAUUUCCAAACAGAAUGCUUUUCUCUUCUCGGACUGCAGUCGCAAGAAAACAAAAAUAACGUUCUUGAGGAUUGCAUCAAGGAUAAGAUAAUUUCCGUGGUGGCAAAAAAUGACAGGAUUUCUUGGGGAAAUAGGGAAGCUCCCGUUCUUUUUGAAGACAACACUCACCAUGAAUCAUAUUUACCGGACGAGGAAUACGAACAAGGUGACGAAACAUUUUCCCAUUUGGAUCUAUAAUAGUUGCAAAUAAUCGAUAAUGAAGAACUUGUAUUAAUUCUCGUAAUAGCGAUAGUACCGAACAUUGAUAAUUUAAACAUCAGUCUCAAAUACUGCUUUUCAAUAAAAAAAAA